AUGUUUAAUUAUACAUUUAUUUAUACUGGUUAAUUUAUUAUUAUUGAUUUUGUAGUUUUUGAAGUAAUUAAAAUUAGAUCUAAAUAUCUAUCAUCUUAGAGCAUUUAGAUUUAAAAUAAGCUGCAUUAUGUUGUAUUAAAAUUAAAAUCCAUAAAAGAAUAUAAAAAUUUGAUAAAAAUCACAGCUUAAUGCAUUUUCUUUGAAUAUUUAUACACUUUUUCAAGGUUUUUAAAUUUUUAAAAUGUAAUUUAAAUUAAUCAAAUCAAAAGCGAAACAAUUAAUCAAUUAUUUUUUAUAAAUUUGCUUGGUUUUUAUUAUUUUGGGAGUGAAUACAAAUACAAUGCAAUAAUAAAAAGAGAUAAAUAAUAAGAAGGAGUUAUGGGGGAGGGAAAGAGAAGUUAUUUAAUUAGGAGAAUGAAUUCAAAUGCAUAGCAAACUAAGAUGUAUUCAGAAGAAAGAAAGAUAUAGUCUAAGCUUUUAUUAAAUAGGCAAAUAAAUAAAUAGCUAAUUCAAUUAAUGAAAAAAUUAGGGAUAUAUAGAAUUAAAUGGGUUAGUUAGUUAGAUAGAUAAAUAGAUAUAUGGAUAGAUAGGUAGUUUGUGAUCUUAGUCAUGGAGAGAUGCUUAAAGAAAAAAAAUUAAUUAGAGAGGAAGUAAUUAUUAGAAUUUAAUAAGGAAAAAUAGGUGGAUUUUUUUGAUAAAUAAAUAAAUUUAAAAAGAAGGGGUAAGGGCAAGAAAGAAAAGAAAGAAAAAAGAAAGAAAGAAAAAAUUUUUGAAUCAAGAUAAAAAAUUCAAUAAAAAAGGUUUAGACAAUAGAAAAAGUAUAUAAUAUCAUCUAAUAGUAGUCUCUGCGCCAAUUACAAGCAAACAAACAAUCAAACUAUUAAACAAACAAACAAACUCCUUUCUAACUAAAUAGGAAUCCAACCAAACUAAAACUAAAAUACAAAGCAAAGAUAGAUCACUACUAAUUUAGCAGCCACUUCUUUCAAUCAACUUCCCACUUAUUUAAGUGAAAUUUUUAUAUAAAAUUUUUAUUUCUCAUCCUGA